AUGGGCAACUUUACCAUCGUCAACGGCCAAGUUGCGAUUGACGUGUCGGGCAAUGGGCAGCUGCCGUGGCCGCCUUCCACGCGGGCCGACGCCGCCACGCGCAUCCACAACAUCACCCUCUUCUUAACCUCCGAGUCACUGUCGCACAACUUCACCAUCUCCAAUGGCUCCACGCCCGCGAAUAAUUCGAGCUACGUCGGGCCUGUGCUAGACCUCGAGCCUCCAUCGACUGUCAAACACGUCAAUUGGGUGUGGCCCAAGUGUCUGGUCGGAAAUGGCGACGACGACGAAGACGACGACUCGGCGCGAGGCGCGUACAACGUCUCGAUGCACCAGUCCUUUCGCUGGAAUGGAACGGACUAUUACACCGUGUUCGACCUGCCCAUCGCGGUGACCAACAGCAUCCCUGAGAGCUCAGAACGGAUGGACUGCGCAGCGCUGGAGAAUGAGCUUCUCACGGCGACAGAAGUGAAGGAUAGCAGCGACACGCUGCCGAGUCAGCCAUGGGUGCAGAGUGGAGCGAGUACGACCAGCUCCAGCAGCUCCAGCGAGUCCAGCGAGUCGGGCGCGACGAUGCAGAGAGGAGUGGGCACUCGCAGGAUACUGUUUCUUGCGACCGCUGGCGCCGUGCUAGGUCGGCUUCUACUCCAGUGA